AUGUCUGGUUUUUUUCCGUGAGAGUCGAGAUCGUCGACCUUUCUGUUAACGAUGGCGGCCGUCUUCUUAACGUUGGUCGUCCUCCUCCACCUCUUCUCCGGCACCGUCACCGCCUCCGACCCGUGUGCCACCUCUUCCCCUGCCGCCGACGGCUCCACUACCCUCACCCUCCUUCACAUCAACUCCAAAUGCUCCCCCUUCGCGUUCACCGCCGACCCCUCCGCCUCCCUUCUCGACUCCGUCCUCCAAAUGGCCUCCAACGACGCCUUUCGCUUCGCCGCCAUCGCCGGCGGUAGGCGCUCCAUUCCGGUGGCCUCCGGCCUCCACGUCACCAACUCCGGGAACUACGUCGUGAGGGUGAAGGUGGGCACCCCCGGGCAGCUCAUGUUCAUGGUCCUCGACACCAGCAACGACGCUACGUGGGUUCCCAACACCGGCUGCUCCGGCUGCCCGACCAUCGCUUCGUCCUUCUUCUUCCCCAACCACUCCACCACCUUCAGCCCGCUCGGCUGCCGCGCUCCUGAGUGCUCCCGCCUCAGAACCUCCUACUGCGCCGGCCGCGGCGCCUGUUUCUUCAACCAGACGUACGGCGGCAACUCCAACUUCUCCGCCGCGCUCUACAAGGACACCCUCCGCCUCGCCCUCGACGUGAUCCCGGGGUUCGCGUUCGGAGGCGUGUUGUCGGCCGUCGGUAGCGGGCUGCCGCCCCAGGGCCUCCUCGGCCUCGGCCGCGGCCCGCUCUCCCUCCUUUCCCAGACGUGGCCGCUCUACCACGGGACCUUCUCCUACUGCCUCCCCAGCUUCCGAUCCUACAACUUUUCCGGUUCGCUCCUUCUCGGUCCGGUCGGGCAGCCCGCGUUGAUGCGCACCACGCCACUCCUGACCAACCCCCACCGCCCUUCCCUCUACUACGUCAACCUCACCGGCGUGAGCGUCGGCAGGAAGCUCGUCGCUUCCGCGCCGCUGCUGCCGGUGUUCGACCCCAACACAGGAGCCGGAACGGUGGUGGAUUCCGGCACCGUGAUAACCCGGUUCGUGGAGCCGGUGUACACGGCCAUUAAGAACGAGUUCAGGAGGAGAAUGAGGGGCCCCGUGACGAGCCUGGGGGCGUUCGAUACGUGCUUCACGUCGCCGGGGGUGGCGCCGACAGUGACGCUGCACUUCCAGGGACUGGACUUGACGUUGGCGGCAGACAACGUGAUGAUCCACAGCUCGUCCGAGCCGCUGGCCUGCCUGGCCAUGGCCGCCGCGCCGGACAACGUCAACUCCGUGGUCAACGUCAUCGCCAACCUGCAGCAGCAGAACCAUCGGGUCGUCAUCGACCUUGCCAACUCCAGGGUCGGCUUCUCUCGGGAGCUCUGUAGCUAGCCGGCCGGACCCGGAAUCAGCUGCUAGUCCCCUUCCCUUACCUCUUAAAAUUGUUCUCCUCUGCUGCUUCUUUUGCUUCUUCUUCUUCUUCGUUAGCUUUUUGUCUAUGUCAGCCGUAUUGCAUUUCACCUUUGUUAGAUACAGAUGGUGGGGAAGAAGGUGACAGAGAGAGAAAGAGAUAGGGCAUGCGUGUAUGGAUGACGACCUAUAGAUGAAUAAUCGACUGUCAUGUUUUUGUUGGAAAUGAUUGCUGUUUCUGGUUUUUGCUUUAA